UGGUAUUUUUUUUUUUUUUCAUUUUCCCUCUUUGGAUGAUAUCAAGCUAAUCUUAGUGGCAUAGGGUUAUCGUUACUUUAUGAGUUCUACAUAAAAGUAAUAAACUGCACCCUACUGUUUUAUUAAUCUCCCCUCUUAGAUCAUUUAAGAAUUACCAUAGCAUUUUCUAUUCAUCAAGCUCUUGCAUUUUUAUCUUCAAAAGAAAAUACUGAGCUGUUGGAUUCUAGAAUUUGUGUGGCUGUACGAUAUUGUAUUUUUUUCCUUUAAAAAACAAAAAAGAACAUUCGAGAUCAUGUAAUAUGUGGAAAUGUAGUUAAGAGAAAAUGUCUCCCGUGCAUAUGUCUACUGUUUAAUGUUAGUUAUGGUACAAGGCUACCAAGUUAGAGAUUUCAUAUUCAAAUUUUGAGUUGAAUGAAAAGUUUGGAAAAUAGAGGGUUAUUUCAUAUAAGAAUAAUUGCAUUAUCAAAUGUCUAGUGUCUAAUUCAUUUAUUUAAUUUUUCUUUUUGCUUUUAAUUUCUGUACUUUGUUUAUGGCAUGACGGUGAGAAUUAUGGAAUAUGUUCUGGUCUUAUCAAAAUUUUCCUUUUAAACAAGCAGAUAAUCUUUUUGAUCAAAUGGGGUUCUUGCUAAAUGUUCAUUUGUUCAUUUGUUUUUUUAUCAACGACCAUGGCAAAAGUUUUUUUGUUUGUGACUAGAUUGUUUUGCGCUCAAAUUUUAAGGUCAAGUGCAACUUAGCACAAUCAAAUAAUUUUUCCAUAUUUAAUCAAGCAUCCCUUUUCAAUGCCUAAUUCAUUUACUAUGUUCUAUACUUUUUUCUUGCUGGAUACCAUGUUAUAUACUCAAAAGAGUUUUGUUGAUAUCUUGAGGAACAAAGUGGUUUUCUUUUUUUGAUCUGAAUUUAGAUUUGGAAAAAUGCUGAAGUACAUGGUCCCCCAAGUGGGAGGCAACUUCAGAAUGAUUGUAAUGAUUCACUCUUUUUUCUGUUUUAGGUAUAUGUAUAUAAUUAAAGACAUGUCCUCUAAUUUACGGCUUUCCUUUUUCUUCUCUCCUUCCUGUUUGCAUUAUUUGCUUUGUUGAUGCAUCUUUCUUUUUAGCUUUCACACGUAUGUCCAUUUUAAUUGUCACAAAGUCUUGAUUUUCAGCUGCACUUGCAGGCAGGUCAGCUGUGUCCUCUUUUCUUUAACCGGAUAUGGGUAGUGGAACCAGAGCUGAUAAUAAUGGAAUCUUUUGUUAUUGCUACUAUUCACCGUUUUUCUUUUCUAAAAUGCCUUUUUCUAUCACUUAAAGUUUUUAUUU